AUGGCUGUAUCAACAGGACAACUCUUUCGAGGAUGCUCGCUAAAGAAUGCCAUCACUCUCGCCAUCGUGGUCUUCGCCUCCACAACAUAUGCACAUGGAGGCGGCCAUGAAGAGUUACCAGAUGGCGAACUCAUCACAUUAGAGCCCAUGGGCACCAUCAUGUGGCUUCACAUCUGGAUCCAAGGCUUCGCAUGGGGCAUUGUGUUUCCGGUCGGCAUGGUGCUCGGACUGGUCAAGUCGAGAUGGCAUGUUCCGACUCAAAUCUUGGGCUCUGCGUUGGCCACGGCAGGAUACUUCCUCGGUCAUGCUCACGGAGGGAGGAAGUACGGACCGAAUGCGCAUAGGAGCUUUGCGAAUUGGCUGAUGUUGAUGCUGAUUGUGCAGGCGGCCGUUGGGAUCUACCUGAAAUUACACAUUGAGAAGGGUUUCUUGGGAAAGAUCAGGAUGUGGUUGGUCCGUGGACACUCUAUCUUGGGCGCGCUCAUUCCUGUCGCUGCUUGGACACAGAUGCUGUUGGGCGGAAUUGCGUCGCAAGGCUUCUGUCAAGCAGAUCACACAGGCCAGUGUGUUGCGCACUUUAUCAUGGGCUCUGCGUUCAUCGGAUACGGCAUCGUGCUCACGUUGCUUCUGCUCAACGGCCAAGCUUGGCUCGCCCGUACCGGACGGAGCCAGGAGUUCUACGACAGCAUCGUCAUCAGCGUAUGGGGCUGCAUCAACACCUUCACCGAGCACCACUGGGGAGGACCCUGGGUCCGCAGCGAUCUCCAGCACACGAGCAUGGGCAUCAUUUGGUGGUGUGCCGGUUUGGUAGGAAUCUGGCUGAGCCGCGACCGCCAGGGUCGGCCAAAGCGAAAUCUGAUUCCGGGAAUCGUCAUCGCUAUGACCGGCUGGGCGAUGAGUUCACAUGCCCAGGAUCUCAUGAUCUCCACCAUGAUCCACGGCGUUUUUGGCUACACAUUGAUGGGCGCUGGAAUCACCCGGAUUAUCGAGAUCAGCUUCGUGCUCAAGGACAAAAACACCCUCGUCGGCCCACAGGGCGGCGAUGUCGACGCGGAGAUCAACAGUUUCCAAUGGAUGCCCGUAUUCUUACUCUACGCUGGUGGCUUCCUUUUCAUGGGCGCGACCGAGGAGCAGAUGAAACUCCUUCACGAUUACCACGUGACACACGUUUCAUACGUGUUGAUCCUCUACAGCAUCGCAUUCCUACUGUUUUUGUUCGUCCUCAUGCUUCUAAAUCUCUACUCCAAGCUCUCCCAGUCCUCAAACCAUGUCGCCUCGAAGCCUCUGGACGAUGAGGAGCGCUCAAUUCGAACCGGCAACGGCAGCAUCGUCAUGCCGUCAGAUCGGCAGGCACACGAUGCCCAGGAAUUUGAGCUGGAAGGACUAAUGAGCGAUGAUGACGAGGAGUCACAUUCUCAUGGAAAAGAGAAUGGCAAAUUGAACGGCGGACCGCCAAGGUUAAGAUGA